AUGAACAAGAGUGGUGGCGGUCGCGGUCAAGGUGGUGGCCGAGGAGGCGGGGAGAAAAAGGCGGUGGUGGGGGAAGUGAAGAAGAAGAAAGUGAAGCUUGGGAUGGUAAAGGCACGUUCAAUAAGUAGUUUGCUGGGACAAACCAGCACUAGUAGUGGUGGUAGUGGUGAUGUUGCUGCUACUGAGAGUGAGAUAAGUGCACCUGCUGAUCAGUUUGCUGCUUAUGAUGAUAAGUAA